AUGGAUGCCAAUAUUUCCACAACACCCGAAGUACCCAUAGGACUUCCAAUGAUCCGUCUCCUUGACAACGUGUCUCUGGUGUUAUCGGGCGUCAGUAGCUGUCUCUCCAUCAUCGGAGGCAUCAUUAUAUUAUUGACGUACAACGUUGAAGUUCGCAAUGCACGUAUUAGACAGACACGUCGUCUACUGAUGUACCUAACAGUGGCAGACAUGAUGACAGCAUGUGGCAUUCUAUCAGGAACUAUCAGAUACGCGGUCAUACACCAGCAGAAUCGAGUGAUCACAUUUCAAGAACACGAAAAACUGUGUAAGUCUCCAAGUGAAAUGUGUAUAGCUCAAAGUGCGAUCACCACAUUUUCUGGAAUAGCUUCCUCCUUCUGGACUUUAGUUAUAGGCAUUCACCUCAUUGUUAGUCUUCGACCUAUUUGCUCAUUAAGUGACCCUGAAAUGCCAUGGAGUGAAUUCAAGGCGCACACAGUAUGCUGGGGCAUCCCAGGUGUGGUAACAAUAGGCGCCCUUUGGAAUAAUAUGUUGGGGGAAAACUUCAGUGUAGGUACAGGACCCUGGUGUUGGAUUAAGGUGUGUCUAGAGGAUCCCGAGUUGCCGUACAUAUGGAUGGCUGUUGCUGGUAAAGGUUGGGACAUCGUCUCUUUCGUAACCAGCAUGGUUUUCUUCGUUCUUCUCGUUUUCUAUAGCAAAAGACGGGGCUACACGGUAUCAAACCUGCCUCGGAGGACAGAGAAUCGACUGAGGGAGGAGGAUGCUAACUUUGUGUUCUUGUGGUUGCUGGUAUAUGUUUUAAAGGUAUGGGGGAUUGUACGAGUCUUCAUGACGAUAUUCGGCCAUAAGACGUACGCUGACUCUCUUCCAACAUUUACUUUGGCUCAAAAAGUCCUUCUCUAUAUACAGAGUUUCUGCGACGGAUUUCAAGGCUUCUGUAACUGUAUAUUGUUUGUGUUUCUUGACAAAACUAUGAGGCAGGGAAUGAUUGACCACUGCAAGUGCAACAGGGAAGGGCGUAGCUCUCUUCUUCAGGGUAACCAACCACGUUAUGGGGCGACACACCAGAACGCCUCUAUAAACAGUAUGUCGACGUGA